AUGGGGCAGGACACUGGGAGUUCACACAGGCGGAAGGGAAGUACGGCAACUGACAACAGUUUUGCGUCCUCAAACACGGAAACUGGCACGGACCCAGAUUCCCAUUCGCCUCGCGGUACCAACGAGCUAAGUCAGAUCAAAACAAAUACGACUGAGGUGACACGGAUUCCCAGCCGGAGUCGUUCACGAGAAUCAACAUCACCACUCCGUAAAGGGAAAGGCCGCGCAUCUCCAGACGACGAUGCAGCACAAAUCCACGAGGACGGAUUAAAGGCUCAAGUUGAGUUGAUCGAGGAUGAAGAUAUAAUUCCGGCUCCGUUUGCUUUCUCCCCGUUAACCCUUGCGCGUCUACUUGACCCCAAGAGUUAUGAUUCUUUGGCGAGUCUUGGGGGUCAGGAUGGACUACUGCAGGGCCUGGGUGCAGAUCCGACGCGGGGACUUCACGUUGGAGCUGUACGAAAUAAUCGCGAUUCGCACGAAAAUAUACAUGAAUCAGACGUAGGGAAGACCGAAGUUACUAAACAGGGUGUUGGAGGAGAUGAGCUUGGAGCAGGGGAAGGUGUUUCUCAUCGUCAUCCGCCAUUGACGCCAGCUAUUGUGCUCACUCAGCCAGAUGCCGAGGAUGGCGAGGGUGCUAUCGUGAAAGCUGGAUCAACCCCUUCGAUCAACUCCUAUCCUUUGAAGGAGAAGGAUCCAAUCCCUAGUGCGGCCUUUGACAUACAGACGUUCGAUGCUUCUGGUGCUUUCCAGUCAAGUUUAGAAAAGAGAAGAGAAAUAUAUGGUCACAAUACACUUCCAGUCAGGAAAAGCAAGUCAUUACUUGCGUUGAUGGCAGCUGCGAUGAAGGACAAGGUUUUAAUUUUGCUAAGUAUAGCCGCAGUAGUGAGUUUGGCGCUGGGUUUUUUCCAAGAUUUCGGUACUCCACGAGCUCCGGACGCAGGACCUAAAGUGGAUUGGGUCGAGGGUGUUGCAAUUGUUGUUGCCAUCCUGAUAGUGGUCAUUGUCGGUUCUCUAAAUGACUGGCAGAAAGAGCGACAGUUCAAGUCUUUAAAUGACAAGAAAGAAGAGCGAGGAGUAAAAGUCAUUCGCGGCGGGGUUGAAAAAGUUAUCGACAUCAAGGAAGUUGUCGUGGGUGACAUUGCGCUGUUGGAACCUGGUGAAAUCGUUCCCUGCGAUGGUGUAUUUAUCAGUGGCCACAACUGCAGAUGUGACGAAAGUGCUGCUACGGGUGAAAGCGACGCGAUUCGAAAGGUUUCUUGGGAUGAUUGGACAGCCUUGAGAAAGAAGCACGCCGAGGCACACGAGUCUGAACCGGCCCAUGUUGACUGCUUCGUGGUGUCUGGUAGCAAAGUGCUCGAGGGUGUCGGGAGGUAUGUCGUUGUCGCGGUCGGUCAAAAAAGCUUCAAUGGUCGUAUUAUGAUGGCUCUUCGUGGUGACACAGAAAAUACUCCGCUGCAGCUCAAACUCAACGAUCUCGCGGAACUCAUCGCCAAACUUGGUUCGGCCGCUGGCUUAAUCUUGUUCACAGCGUUGAUGAUUAGAUUUUUUGUUCAAUUGGGAACCGGUGAACCGGUCAGAACUGCCAGCGAGAAAGGUAUCGCCUUUGUCAAUAUCUUGAUCAUUUCCGUUACUUUGAUUGUGGUUGCUGUUCCUGAAGGACUGCCCCUGGCUGUCACAAUUGCGCUUGCGUUUGCGACGAAGCGAAUGACAAAGGAAAAACUUCUCGUCCGUGUUCUUGGAUCCUGUGAAACUAUGGCGAAUGCUACGGUCGUUUGCACCGACAAAACCGGCACUUUGACCCAAAAUGACAUGACUGUCGUUGCUGGCUCUGUUGGUAUCCAUGCCAAGUUUGUUCGCACCUUGAAGGAGAAUGAGGGCAGAACCAAUGCCGAGGAGAAGCCUAGUCAAGCUGCCGUUGCAGCAGCUACGAGGAAACAUAUUCACGAUUUUUCUUUGGAUCAGUCUCAACUCAACACUAUUCUAUCCCCCGCUACGCAAGAACUAUUCAACGAAGCUAUUGCGGUUAACUCUACGGCGUUUCAGGACACUGAUCCGAACACGGGUGAAAUGGUAUUCGUCGGCAGCAAGACAGAGACAGCAUUUUUGAAGUUUGCUAGCGAGCUGGGAUGGCCGGACUACCGCGAGACUCGCACCGCAUCGAAAGGCAAAGUUUUGCAGAUGAUUCCUUUUUCCAGCGAACGUAAGUCCAUGGGCGUCGUUAUCAGUACAGGAGGACGAUAUCGGUUCUACGUCAAAGGCGCGAGCGAAAUUCUGAGCAAAAAGUGUACCAAACACAUUGUUGUUGGUAGACCUGGACAAGACCGACCCGCUUACGAGGAUGAUCGUAUAGAGACUCGAGAGAUUGACGAACUCGCGGCGGAUAACAUCAGUCGAACCAUCAUAUUCUACGCCAAUCAAAUGCUUCGCACCAUCUCAGUCUGCUAUCGGGACUUUGAACAGUGGCCGCCGGCUGGAAUGGCAGUGGAUGAAGAAGGAGAGGCUGACUUCAAUGACCUAGCUCAGGAUUUGACUCUGGUUGCCAUUGCUGGCUUGGAAGAUCCUUUGCGUGACGGUGUUCGCGAAGCUGUCUCCAAGUGCCAUAGAGCAGGUGUCACUGUGAAGAUGUGUACGGGAGAUAACGUGCUUACAGCUCGCUCCAUCGCCUCGCAAUGCGGCAUCUUCACCAAAGGUGGUAUCAUCAUGGAAGGACCCGUUUUUCGCAAACUCUCGCAGCCCGAAAUGAUUGAGAUCGUGCCCCGCCUACAAGUCCUUGCGCGUUCUUCUCCAGAAGAUAAAAAGGUUCUCGUGGAGACUCUGAAGCACAUCGGUGACCUCGUAGGUGUUACUGGUGACGGAACGAAUGACGGGCCUGCUCUGAAGACAGCUAACGUCGGUUUCUCUAUGGGCAUUGCGGGCACGGAGGUGGCCAAGGAAGCCUCUGAUAUCAUUCUCAUGGACGAUAAUUUUGCAUCCAUCGUCAAAGCUAUCAUGUGGGGACGUUGUGUCAAUGAUGCUGUUCGAAAAUUCUUGCAAUUUCAGCUUUCCACCAAUGUCACCGCAGUCGUUAUCACCUUCGUGUCUGCUGUGGCUUCCAACGAGGAGGAGUCUGUUUUGUCCGCCGUUCAACUUCUUUGGAUCAACAUCAUUAUGGACACAUUUGCUGCUCUAGCUUUGGCCACUGACCCUGCAUCUGAAGCUCUUCUCAACAGAAAACCUGAAUCAAAAAAUGCUCCGCUAUUUACCGUCGACAUGUAUAAACAAAUCCUGUUCCAAAGCACCUACCAGAUCAUCAUCACACUCAUAUUGCAUUUCCUCGGUCUCCAAGUUCUUGGUAUCGAAUCGUCUACCACAAAUAACACAAUUGUCCAAACCAUGGUAUUCAACACAUUCGUGUUUGCUCAAAUUUUCAACUCUGUCAGUUCGAGAAGGCUAGAUAGGAAGCUGAACAUCUUCGAGGGAGUCAUGAGGAAUUGGUAUUUUAUCGCCAUUACCCUCAUCGAAAUUGUCGUUCAAGUUCUCAUUGUGUUCGUCGGUGGUUCCGCAUUCCAAGUUACCCGUGUUGAUGGCAAAGUCUGGGGUAUUUCCCUCGCGCUCGGUUUCGUGUCCAUUCCUCUGGGUGCUCUGAUCCGUAUUCUUCCCAAUGAACCAUUUGAAAAAUUAUUCGAUAAGCUGGGUCUGUUUGGCAAGUCAUCGGAAGUAUUACCUACCUCAACAGUCGAUCAAGAGGGCUGGCACGGAGCCAUUUCUCUGGUUCGGGAUAAUCUCAGUACAUUCUCUCAUGUCCGUGGAGGUCGUUUACGCUCGUCUUCGUUUGUUGUCAAGAGUCGUUCUGCCAGAUUGAAUAGAGACCAGGAACCAUUACGGAUCUCUUCACUCCUCACGAUGGCACCUACGCUGAUUGCUGGGGCAGUUGCCACUCAUGGAUAUAGCCCACGCGGUACUCUGUCUGAUCCGACCUCGAACGAUCCCUCAAAAUCUUCAGCUGCCUUAUGGGAAGGAAAAUUACAGCUACACCCAGACACUUCACGCGAUGACCCCGCUUAUACACGAUUCGGUGGAAAUCAAAAUAAGUUAUAA